GGAGAUCCAGUCGCGAAAAGAUGCUGAAGUGGGCCGUCAACCAGCCGAGGCCUUCAUACUUGGCCCGGGAUGAGCUGCUCUUGGCCGGAACGACGGAAUCCAAAGGAGUCACCAGCUACAGCGAGUUCCACGCCCUCCGGGGCAAGCUGAAGAGGAAGUCCUUAAGCGCCGUGAUGCCCUGCCCGGGCAAGGAGAACCAGAUGACCUCCACUCCGCUGCCGGCCAGCUCGCUGAUGCCGCGGUCUCCGCUGCUCAAGGACCUGAGCAAUAUCCUGGCUACCCCAACAUCUCAGGGCGAGAAGAAGGAAGGAGUUGCCCUUGGAGCAGUACCUACCACCAUCGGAGGAGCUCCGAAGUACGCCUGCACGCUGCCCACCUUCGAGGCGGAGUACUCCCCGAGCUCCGUCAUCCCGGGGCCUCUGAUCGCCCUGCGCGGAGUCGGAAUCCCAGACAGCUACUUUGAGAAGCCGCGCUACCUGGAGCAGAAGCCCCUUCCCGCCCCCACCCAGGCCACCACCAACCAGACCAGGUCCUCCAGCCAAAUGGGAGACGUGACGCUGGAGAGGAUGAUCGACGCCAUCCUGGAGAGCAACCGGAAGACCACCAACAUCCGACCCCCACGGCAGCACAGGCACCGGCAUCCGUUGCACCACCUGAAGGGCACCGCCUCCUCUGCCGCCACCCACUCGCCCACCUACCGCCCCGCCUUUGAUCCCGCCAGCGACCUGCGGGAGUACUGGAAGUCGCCCUCGCAGCGGGAGACCUCCCUGACGCGGUUUGAGGAGCGGGAGGUGUGCUCCCCCGCCCGCAAUCCCGGCCAGAGCCGCAAGCGCCACUCCCUGCAAGGCCUGAGGAGGCAGCGGGUGGUGAGGCGCAAGCGAAAGAUCACCACCAAGAUCUCCUCCAGCGUCCGGCAGUCGGCCCAGAAGCUCCUGGCCGCUGCAAAGUCCGGAGGAUCGACUGCAAAAAGGCGCCACAUCAGCCCGGACAGCGGACACAACUCCACGAGUGACCUGGAGGAGGAGGAGGAAGCAGGGCUGGGUGGAGAGGAGCUGGAAGCAGCCUGCCAUCUGGAGGCCAUGUGGCUGCCCUCCCACCCGGCCAGGGACGCCACCAAGAGAAGGCUCAGCUUUUCGCUGGCGGAUCACAGCUGAUCCUUCUGGGUUAUUCCUAAUUUUUUUUUACACUUUUUUUUAU